AUCUUCCGAAGACGUCAUCAUAGGCGGUGGGCCGAUUCUGUUAGUUUUGCUCCAUUCGUUUGCUAGCUUUCACGGGUAUUUCAUCAGCUUUUUACUUCGCUAAUUGCGUCGAAUGGACAAACACAAUGGACAAAGUUUUCUGGUGCAAUGGUACAUUCCCAAAUUGAACCUCCUUCGGAACGGACAGUAGUUGAUUCUUUGUGCGAGUAAUCCCAUCUCUCAAAUCGUGGGGAACAUGGUUUUUCUUCAGUGCUGAGUGAAGUUGAAAGUAAACAAAGAAGUUUCUCGACGUUCGAAAAUAAAAUGAGUGCUCCGAUUGUAAUUACCGUACCCACCAAGUACAUCCCGAUUAAUCUGGCCCCGGCACUGGCACCUCAUCCGGUGGUGAAAGUCGAAAUGCAAUCUUCAGUUUCCUCCAGCUUUGAAUCCGAUACCGAGGAGUCCUCGAUGGAGGAGUUCCUGGUGCGGGGCAAGAAGCGCCGCCUCGACCAUCUGACCUGGGAGGAGAAGCUCCAGCGGAAGAAACUGAAGAAUCGAGUUGCGGCGCAAACCUCCCGAGACCGUAAGAAGGCCAAAAUGGAAGACAUGGAACUGACGAUUAAACAUCAAUCGGAUCAAAUCAAUGAACUGCAGACUAAAUGUGAAAAUCUGCAGCUCGAAAAAGACGCCAUCUACAACAAGUAUCUUGACCUGGAAAAUCGUUUCGAAGAACUGCAGCGGCAGUUUGACGAGCAGAAAAAGCAGCAGCAAAGUUCCGCAUUUGCCUCCACCGCCAUCAAGUCCGAACCGGACUGUGACGUAACCUCACGCAGUGUUGGUUGUGUUUCCACCCUAACUGGAUCAGCAGCAUCCAAUAUGCUCCCUCUGCAGCAGGGAUCUUACCUACCGGAAACACAGACGACAGUGGGUCAGGAACGUUCGGCACCGGAAAUGGCCUCCAGCGACAAAAUAGCUCUACAGGACAUGCUCGAAGAAUUCGAUGUGUCCAAGCUCGAAGAGCUCGCCGAAAGCUUGCUGGCCAACGUCACCAGCGAACUGGAAGACGCUGUUCGAGGAGGCAGCCCGGCAGAUGCCGAAGAUGCAAGCACCGGCAGCCGAGUGUCUGGAUCAGUGGUGGGGACCGCACCAGAACAGCUGGAACCCAGCGAAGAAACUGAUUCGGGAAGCAGUCUAAUUUUGACCACGCAUAAUUACUCCAAGUCUCCCUUUCACGUGGAGAAAAUUUCAACACAAAACGAACAGCAGUCUGACCAGGACCAGCAAUCAACGAUGGUUUUUGGAACCUACGACAACGAAACAAACUGCAUCACUAUUAUUCUCAACGAUGACGAACUCGCACUCGAGGAGGAAAUCAUCUGCGAGGAAGAAGCGUCCACAGAACCGGAAGUCUCAGAGGAGCAGCAGGACUUCAAAAUGAAGCCAGAACCCCUACAGGAGCUGUUGUCGCCUAUUCCGAGUAUCUGCUCCGAUUACUCUUCCCAGCCGGCAGUGCGGCUCGAAGAUGAAUUGGCCUUCAAAAGUCCCCUGACACCGGGUUCAUUCAUUUCGGACGGUGGCUACGAAUCACUCGGAUCACCGACCGGCUCGAGUGACUACAGUAUGACUGCACUGGAUGAUUUUUGGAAUUUAGAUCUGUUUCCCAUUCUGAAUUAGGCGAUACCUCGUUCGGAAAGAGAGCUAACGGAACCCAGUUUUAAGCCCUGUAAAUAUUGAUGAGACUUUCCUAAUAGGUGAUGAGGAGGAAAAAUGUACAAAGUUUGUUUUUAGUUUGCUAGUGUUACUUUUGUACCGUAAUUAGGUUAUCGUUAGACUGCUGUAAAUAAUAGGUUUGUUUAUUUUUUCGACACCGUAGACCACAUAAUGCAUAAGAUUCUCUCUAGUAUUGUAGGACUCAAGCGGCACUGCAGCAGAGCUGCGUGUAUGUGUGUUUUAAUGCAAUCUAGCUUCACAAUUAUUUCGUGCACAAACAUUUAACUAAGUAAGGCUUGUUACUACUUAUUUCAUUUCCACUGAAACCACUUCAUAGUGCGAAAGGAUUUACUUGGAGUAAAAAUGUAAUAAAAAAAAUGUCACCCA